GAGAGAGAGAAGAUUCUGGUGUUUUGUAGUCUUAGUUUCUAACAUUUUGCUAUUUUACAGUGAGCAAACAAAAGGAAUGGUAAAGAGGAACACACACACACUCUCACACAAAACACACACAAACAUGUUUGAUGGAGUCCCAGCUGAGCAGUUGCACCAACUCAUAGCAUCCUCAAGAACCUCCCUGCCUCUUCCUCUCCCCCUCCCUCUCUCCUCCUUCCCUUCUGCACCACCAAACAAUAACAUCAAUACCUUCCAUGUCCCUGCUGGUGCUCCUUUUGAUCCCUACAACAAUAACAACGACCCUUCUCAUCUUCAUCAUCAACUCCUGCAAAUUCAACCCCAUCUGCUUCAUCAGAAUCAUCAGCUUCUGCAACUGCACCGCCAAUCCACCGCCACCCCCGAAAAUCUCGAGGAGGAAGAAGAACACUCUAGUACUGUUUCAAUCUCCAUAAACAAUAAUUUGGAGAUUGAAAGAGAUAGAUCUUCAUCAGUACCGGCAUCAUCAAAUGUACCGAUCAGUAGUGAUCCUUGGAGUAAUGAUGAAUUGCUUGCACUUCUCAGGAUCAGAUCUACCAUGGAGAAUUGGUUCCCUGAGUUCACUUGGGAACAUGUCUCAAGGAAGCUAGCAGAGCUUGGUUUCAAAAGGAGUGCGGAGAAAUGCAAAGAGAAAUUUGAAGAAGAAAGCAGAUACUUCAACAACAUUUGCUUCACCAAAAACUACAGGUUUCUCAGUGACCUCGAACAAAUCUGUCAAGGCGGUGGUGAUGCUCAUCAGCGAAGCCCUGAUGAUUAUGAUCACCGGAACCCUGACGAUCAUCAGGAAGCUCCUGGGGAUAAAAAUAAUAAGAAGGAAAUGGUAGAAAAGCCGAGUGACGAGGGAGAUCAUCCAGACUCAACAAGAAAUGAAACAUUGGUUGAGGAUAAUAUCGGUGUGAUCAGCAAUGAGCCGCUCAACCUCCAGGAGCACAAUAAGAAAGAGGUAGUAGUGGAAACUAGACCAACGAACAAUAAUAAUAAGAGAAAAAGGCAAAGGAGAUUUGAAAUGCUCAAGGGUUUCUGUGAGGACAUUGUGAACAGGAUGAUGGCUCAGCAGGAAGAGAUGCACAACGAGCUUCUUGAAGAAAUGGUGAAGAGAAACGAAGAGAAGAUUGCGAGGGAAGAAGCUUGGAAGAAGCAAGAGACGGAUAGGAUGAACAAGGAGCUCGAGCUUAUGGCGCGUGAACAAGCAGUUGCUGGUGAUCGACAAGCUACGAUCAUUAAGUUCUUGAAGAAGUUCACAUCGUCGUCAAGUAAUUCUAGUACUUCUACUUCGUCUUCCCCGAUUCAAGUACAAAACCCUACUCUUCCUACGUGUCGUGAUGUUAGUGGCCGUAAAGAACUUGAUCGUCAUCAAGAAAAGGAAAAUAACCCAACCACGCCUAGUUCUUUAACUGAAAGUACUCUUGCACCCCAAAGCCCAACUUCAAGUACUCUUGCUCCGACUCCGCUACCUGUUCCGACGGUGACAAUUUCUUUGAGUACGACUACUAAUACUACUGUUACCCUAGCUCCUCCUGAAAACCCUAGUUCUGAGGAUGUCAUCAUAAAUGCUCAAAACCCUAGUUCCAUUAGUCAUGACAAACAAGACCUCGGAAAGAGAUGGCCGAGAGAUGAAGUGCUGGCUCUGAUAAACUUGAGGUGCAGCCUCUUCAACAAUGGUGGUAGCGGCGGCGAUCAGGACAAGGACGGAGGAGUGGUGAUGAAAGCUCCUCUUUGGGAGCGAAUCUCACAAGGGAUGUUCGAGAUCGGUUACAAGAGGAGUUCCAAGAGGUGCAAAGAGAAAUGGGAGAACAUUAACAAGUACUUUAGAAAAACAAAAGAUGUUAACAAGAAGAGGUCACUUGACUCUAGGACUUGCCCUUAUUUUCAUCAGUUAAGCACUUUGUACAAUCAAGGAAUGCUCGUGUCGCCAUCCGAUCAAGCACCGGAAAACCGCCCUGCUUCGCCGGAAAACCAUUCUCUGGGUGAUGGUGAUUCAACUAAACAUGAUGAAGGUGAGAAAAACAACAAUAUGGUAAAGCAAGCACCAACACCAACACCAACACCAGCUUUUGAUUUCGAAUUCUGAGUAAUUUAAUUUGCAUAUUUGUGGUGCAUUUCAAAUUUUCUAUGAUAAUAUGUGAUACCUUUUUUUCUUCUUGUCUUGGUAAACAUGUGGUAUCUAGAUGGUACUCCCGGCAGUCGACAUGAAUUUUAUUAAUUUCCGAUAUAUAUUUAUUUUUAUUUUAUGA